AUGCUGAAGGCAAGAGGUUAUAACAGCUCAAUUAAGAACGUUGAAUUCGGGAGCGAAAUUUCUCUCUUCUCAGAGAGCUGCCUGGACAAUCCACGGAAGCGAGCAUAUGAAAGUUACAGUAUACCGAUCGUCUUGCCCGCCCCUGGGAUGCCCCUGAGAAAAGGAACAUGGGAACCCAACCUAUCGCCUUCCACCAGUCAGCUGGCAAGGGAUGAUCUGGAGUAUGAACUAGCGUUCUCAGUUCAGUCAAUGCACAAACCAAGUCCUUAUGGCAAGAAUGGUGAGGAUUAUGACAACCGCAUCCUUCGCUGGCUUGGCCCGAUCUACCAGUGCAAGUCUCCCUUGGAGCGUGCUCAUGAUGCUUUGCGAUGCAAUACAGGCGCAUCAAUCUCUUUAUCUAGAUGCGAACAUUGCAAACGGUUAGCAGACGGUUAUUCGAGCAUGCUCAUCAGCCAUGAUCUUGCCAAGGAGGUUGGUAGCGGACCGAGCGGCGCACCAGACUAG